AUGGUUCAGCGGAUUUCCCGAGCAACCGGCUUGCAGGCCUUUAUCAAUGCUAUCGAGAAGGAUGGUUGUGUCGUGAUCCAGGACUUUACUGAUCUGGAGUCGCUUGCGACAUCGGUCCGAGAAAUCCAGCCGUAUCUCGACGCAUCAGCCGCAGAAGCUGCCAAGAGCACUGUGGGUGCCCUGAACGGCGGAACGGCCAUCUGCACGCGCCUGAUCGGCCGGAGCAAGACCGUUCGCGAAAAGUUCUUUGCGGACCCCCUGUACCAGGCGCUUGCCGACCACAUCCUUGGCCUGGAGACGACCGUCUGGAUGGGAGGCGAGCCGGCUGUCCAUAGGUCAGACCCGCUUCUGUCCAUCUCAAUUGCCAUGUCUUCGCAGCCGGGCUCGAGUCCACAGCUGCUUCACCGCGACGACAAGAACCAUCACGCCCGGCACACAGCGGCCAGCAAGUACACGCACGGCCGCGACAUGCUCCUCGGCCUCUUCGUGCCUACCUGCGACACCUUCCAGGCCAACGGGGCCACGCGCAUUGUGCCGGGCUCACACCUCUGGGGCGACGACCAGCCCGACUUUGGACCGAGCGGCGACGUCGGCGUAGAGGAUGCAGAGCUAAAGCGCGGCGAGGCGUUUGUCAUGCUGGGGAGCCUCUACCACGGCGCCGGAAAAUAUACCAUGUCGACCGGGUGUCGGACGGUGCACAUCAUGUUCAUGUGCAGUGGCGUCUAUCGCCAGGAGGAAAUCCCGUUCCUCAGUUACCCAAUCGAGGACGUCAUGACCUACUCCAAGCUUGUGCAAGAUCGGCUAGGCUGGAAACAGUCGGAGCCAAACCUGGGAUGGGUUGACCUGAAGUCUCCCGAAUUUCUGCUGAUGUGA